AUGUUUCCCAAUGACUCUCUGCCCACCAACACAGUCAAUCCUUCUAAAGAUGACCAGGAAACUAUGGUGGGCAUCAGUGCCAUUAUGGACAAUGUCAGAACCAUUCUCUAUGCACUGACUGUUGUGCUCGGCAUCACAGGAAACUCUGUGGUCAUUUGGGCGGCUGGAUUCAAAUUUAAGCCAAAGGUCACCAACGUGUGGCUGGUGAAUCUGGCAAUAGCAGACCUGAUCUUCUGCUUCACACGAGUUUUCUCUCUCACUAAGAAGCUCUUCUUUGAGCACUGGCCUUUCGGCCUCUUCGUCUGCAAGUUCAAUGCCUUCUUUAAAUAUGCCAACAUGUUCUGCUCUGUCUUUCUGCUGGCUGUGAUCAGUCUGGAUCGAGUGCUUUGUGUCUGGCAACCUGUCCUCACAAAGCGUCGUCGCACCCUGUGGGCAGCGAGGGUGGUGGCAGUCUGUAUCUGGAUAGCAGCCAUCCUCUUCAGCAUUCCCUACUUCAUCCAUCGCCAAGUCUAUCUGGGCAAGAAGAACCUAAGUAAGUGCUCUGUGGUUCCAAAAGAGAAGGCAGAAGGGUACAACAGCACUAAAGUUGCUCUCUACUCCAUCCGCUUCCUGUGCGGCUUCAUAUUUCCCUUCAUAGUGAUUCUGGUCUGUUACAUCCUGGCCGCUGUGGGAAUCCGACGCACUCGCCUGUCAGGGAAGUCCCGCCCUCUGCGUAUACUAGCAUGUUUGGUCAUUGCCUUCUUCCUGUGCUGGGCGCCUUACCACUGCCUCCUGCUGGUGAAGAUGGUGGACAGUAAAAACGCUCUGUUGAAAAUCUGGUACCCUGUAGCAAAGGGUAUUGCCUACUUCAACAGCUGUGUGAACCCGUUGUUAUACUUCUGCAUGGGGCUAAAAGUCAGUGAGGGAUUUAGACAGAGUCUGAUAAGAGUUUAUAAAAGAGGCCUGGCAGAUGACAUAGACGGCCAGAUGACUCACUCCGUUGAUCGCUCUUUGGAUUAAAGCUCAGGGUUGAAACACAGCACUCUUGUAGUGGUAGGAAAGAGUCUAAAAUUUGGCUAAACUUUAAGUUUCUUUCAAUGAG